CACCAAACCAGUGCGGUGUGCUCUUCUCUCAGGCGGCGGCGCCCAUGGCCAACCAGAAUCCGGCGCCGUUCGUCUACCUCGACGUUGCCACGGCGGCCGACGCGCGGCGCCGCGGCAUGGAUCCUCAGGACCUGGAGCGGAGCGCGCAGGGCGUCCUCAAGUUCCUCUACAUGUGCCUUCCCGACACGCCCGUGUACGCCGGCGCCGCUCUGUCCGCACUCCCCGCCGCCUCCCACGACGACGCCGAGGACCGCAUCAGCGCGCUCCCUUUCUCGCUCCUCCGCAACAUCGUCUCCCGCCUCCCCGCCAAGGACGCCGCGCGCACCGCCGCGCUCUCCCGCCGCUGGCGCCCCGUCUGGCGCUGCACGCCGCUCGCCUUCGCCGACGCGCACCUCCUCCCGGGGGUCCUCGAGGGCCACCGCGACCCCACGCGCGCCGACACGCCGGCGAUCGCCGACACCUUCUCCCGCGCCAUCGCCGCUCACCCCGGCCCCUUCCGCGCCGUCCACCUCGUCUGCGGCUACUACGCGGACGCCGCGCGCCAGCGGCAGCUCGCGCGCUGGGUCCAGACGUUCGUCGCCAAGGGCGUCCAGGAGCUCAUCCUCGUCAACCGCCCGUGGCCGCUCGACGUGCCUCUCCCCGCCACGGUCCUCGGCAUCGACACGCUCACCCGCCUCUACCUGGGCCUCUGGAAAUUCCCAGACACCUCCGCUCUCGGACAGAGUCAGAGUGGCGCUGGCCCGGUGUUCCCGCACCUCCGCGAGCUCGUCCUCUGCUCGGUGGUGGUGGAGAGCCGCGACAUUAACUUCCUCCUCGCUGGGAGCCCUGUCCUGGAGAAGUUUGGCAUAGUGGGAAGCAGGGAGAAGAUGAUGCGUCUCCGCCUCGUCGGCCAGCAUCUCCGGUGCGCGCAGAUCCUCAUUUCAGCUGUGGACAGUGUCGCCGUGGUGGACACCCCGAACCUCGAGCGGCUCAUCCUGUGGGAAUCCCUGGACUUCAACAGCUCUUGCAUUAGGCUAAAGAUUGGCAAAGCCCCCAAGCUGCAUAUACUUGGAUACUUGAGUCCUGGAAUUCACAUGCUGGAGAUCCGGAACACUGUCAUCAAUGCCGGGAUAAAGGCGACCCCAAGCACCAUGGUUCCAGGCAUUAAGAUCUUGGGAUUAAAUGUGCGCUUCGGAGUCCGUAAUGAUUCCAAGAUGUUACCGACUUUCCUCAGAUGCUUUCCCAAUGUUGAGACACUACAUAUUGUGUCUAGAAAAACUGACGAAGUCGCUGGCAAGAUCAACCUCAAGUUCUGGCAGGAGGCCGGUCCCAUUGAAAGCAUCCAGUCCUCCAUCAAGAUGAUGACUUUCCGUGAAUUCCGAAUGGAGCGAAGUGAGAUUGCCUUUCUCAAGUUCUUCUUCCAAAGUGCCAACGUGCUGAAGAAUGCCGUAAUUGUGGGGUCCAACGGAAGUUUCACAUCCAUUCCUGAGGUGAUUAACAAAGUGAAGACUCUGAUUCCUGAAAAUGGGCCUAGUAAUUCCUGCAAUGUGCUGGUCUAUGAAAGUUCAGAUCCAGAUGGGGGUGCAGUCUUUAGUUUGCAAAAAGGAUUUGAUUUUUCUGCUAGUGAUCCUCUCAAUUAUCAGUGAAGUCAAUGGUAUCUACAUAGAAGGCAAUGUUCUAGAUUAUUAACGUGCUUUUUAUGAAGCUUAUGUUGAUCCUACUGUCACCUUUAGCUUUAAUUGCUGAAGUUAAUAGUACUGUAUUUCUUGCAUGAGUACUGUUAGUCAGGUUGUUCCUGCUAUGAACCAUUGAAUCGACGUCUCCGUAUUUCACUGAUUUAAUUUUGCUACAUGUGGCCUGAAAUUGACGUUUA